CGUCAUCGACCUCGACGCCGUCCGCAUCCCGCCUGGAGAACUCGACCACGGCCACCACAGGUAUCUACGAGCGAGGACACACGCAUAGCCGCCGGAAAAGUCGCAAUUUUUGACAAUAUCAACCCCCCCGAAAAGAAAGAAAGAAAGAAAGACAGAGCAGUCACGCUACGUACAUCCCGUCCACCAUGCCCGCGAAACGGAAGCCGCCCGCCGCGGCCGCAGCGUCGUCCGACACCCCGCGCCCGCGUGCCUCUAAGCUCGCCAAGGAACACAACAUGUCGGCCCACGAAGAGCGCGAGAUCCGCGAGGCCUUCUCCCUCUUCGCCGAGCCCAUGAAGGGCUACCCCAAGGAGGGCGUCAUCCCGACGGCCGACGUGCGGUCCUGCCUCGUGGCCCUCGGCAUCCCGCCCUCGUCGCGCAAGGAGCAAGCCGAGUUCGUUGAGAUCCUCGACCCGGACGGCGAGGGCUUCGUCGCGUACGAGCCCUUCUUCGCCGUUUGCGCGCUCAAGUACCACCAGAGGGGACAGGGAGGUGGCGCUGCCGAGAGGCAGAGGGAGGUGGACGAGGCCUUUGGGCUCUUCACGGGGGCCGGCGCCGGCGCCGGCGCCUCUGCCGCGGGGCCGAGGGAUGUUAUCACAAUGGCGGAUCUGAAGAGGGUCGCGAGCGUACUGAGGGAGGACGUCAAGGAGGAGGUGCUGCGGGACAUGAUUCUCGAGGCCAACGGCGGCGCCGGGGUGGGCAGGGGUGUGAGGAGGGAAGAGUUCGAGGAGGUCAUGCGCCGCGCAGGGGUCUGGCGGUGAUGAAGCCGAACGCUUCUGUCGAGAUAACGAUGCGAAGGGAAAGGGACCGGGAGAAUGGGGGGAUACGUUUGCGGUUCGAUCUGGCAUUAUACCCACGGAGUCUGGCGUUUUGACCUUUGACUGGAUGCACGAGGAAUGGGGAAGGGAGCAUCAAUGUUGCUUUGGGUCGGGCCACGGGAGCCCCGCAGGGAGGUCUCGUUUCUUGUCAAAGGAAACAUCACCUGGUGGCGAGGGGCUACACGGGUUCUGUUAGGACUACUUACUGUAGGCUCGUCAAAUUGGUGUGGU